AUGAAAAAGAUUUAUAAUCUUCUCAGUAAUAAGCAAUUAAAUCGUAUUGAUACACGUAAUCUACGGUCUAUUCAGUCUCUCCCACCCCGUGAGGCAUUCGAACUACCGAUUCAUCAAUUCAACCGAAUUAUUCAUAAUCUAUCAGCCGGAGAGUCAAAAUAUCUUUUAGCUCAUCUGAAGGACGAGUAUGGCACUGUUCGCAAAUCUAUAUCGCUUCAUAAAAACCAUUUUGGGGUUCAAGAUCUUGCAAUUACGUUAGACGAAGGCUUGACGUCGGAUGCUGACACGGGAGUCAGUGAGGUCCUGGCAGGAACAGUUAAAGUUAAAUGGAUUCCGAAGGCGAAGCUUCAAAGAAAGAGAUCGGAGUUUUUCAGAUAUUUGACGAAUUAUGAUUUCAAGCUGGAAGAUUUCCAAGUUUAG